AUGUCUUUUCCCUAGAUGGAAGCCUCGGGCCAGCUGAGCCUGAGAAAGGCACAAAGGGCUCUCAAACACCUGAAUCUAUGAGUCAGUCCAGAGGCCCUCUUCUAUUCAGAGACCUUCCACAAAACUCUGCUGUGAAAGAAUAACAGCUUUACCAAGGGAUUCACUGUGAGGAGCUCAAAAUGAAGAAGAAGGAUGAAGAGGAUUGCAUGGAGCUGUGUCCCCAUCAGUGUCUUGAGAUGGAAAGGUGUGAAAGUAAAGAGCUGGAUGUUGAAAUUAGGAACCUGAUAGGGAAGAGCAACACUUUGGAGUCGUGUGAGGAGCCCAAACCUCUUGCCCAAGAGAGGUUGAGCCCUCAGAGAACUUCGUGUUCCCUUAAGAGCCACAGUGAAGGAAGCGCUCCAGGCCGGCUUGGAUGCACCUGGGCAGGUGGGAGUGACAUGGAAGCUCCUGCAGAACCAUUGCAGUCAAGGCACACAUUAUUGACCAAAAAGAAGCCUUUAUCAUCCAGUUCUCUGGAGCAACAGAUCCUCACACUGGAAAGACAGAGACGAGAGCUUUUGGAGGUGAACAAGCAAUGGGAUCAUCAAUUUAGAAGUAUGAAACAGCUUUAUGAAAAGCAGCUGGCAGAGAUGAAGGCAAGGCUGGACGUGUCGGAGAGGAGAGUGAGCGAGCUGGAGCAGGAGAGGCGCCGGCAGCAUCCAGAGGAGGAGAGGUGGCAAGUGCUGGGCAGGGAGAGGCUGCAGCAGGAAAAGAAAGAUACAGAGGUCCUUAGUGAAGCUCUCCAUGAAAUGAAGGAAGAGAACAGGCUCCUGAAGCAGAAGAAUGCCUCAAUGACCAGGAGGAAGGAAUACUAUGAGAGUGAAAUAAGUCGUCUCAACAAGGCCCUUCUGGACACGUUGAAAAAGCAGCACCCAGCUGUUGUUGAGAUUCCUCCAGGGAAGGGUGACAGGAACAGCAUUGAGGAGAUGAGAACCCAACUUGAAGUUCUUAAACAGCAGGUCCAAAUAUACGAGGAAGACUUCAGGAAGGAGAGAUCUGACCGAGAGAGGCUUAAUGAGGAGAAAGAAGCAUUGCAGAAAAUUAAUGAGAGAUUGCAAUCUCAACUGAGUAAACUCAGCUCUCAGACAAAAGACCUCCCAGUACAGCCUGAGAGGCCCAGUUACCCAGCUCCACUCUUCCUCUCCCCGUGUGUCAGUUAUGGGGGCUGUGGGAUGGUUCUUCACUGCCCGGAUCCUCGGGCACACCCGGUGCCUCGCAGGGCACAGCAGCAGCAGGGCUUGCCAGACUAUCAGUGGUAUGUUCCUGACCAGCUUCCGCCAGAUGUGCAGCACAAGGCAAAUGAUUCCUCCCUGGAGAAGGGAGCCCAUCGCUGACAGCCUCCGGCCUGGAGAAGUGUAAACCAAAGGCUGCAAGGGACUCUUGCAACUCCAUUAUUCUGUUUUCUUCUGGGCUUUUUUUGCUCCUAGCUCCUUAUCUCUUCAGUGAAUGUGAUUUAUGUCUGGUAAAAUCCCUGUGAGGACAAUAGCAAAGCAGCUCAUACAGGCUGGUGAUCCUCAGGAUCCAGUUAAACUCUGCUGGGAAGCGUUACUGCCCUUUGUUCUGAAGAUGCUGUUUGUGCUGCCUUGUGAGAAUCUCUUUAAAAGCCUGAUGAGAAGGGAUGCAGUUCUUGCUGAGGAUUCAGACUGUCACAUCUGGUUUGAAUUCAAGAGCUUACAUGCCCAACAGUGGUGUGAUUUUUUUUUUUUUUUUUUUUUUUUUUUUUUUUUUGUGGUCGUUCUUGUUUGAGAAUGAUGAGGGUUUUUAUUUGAUUCCAGAGAAUGGUUUGUUGAUUGAUCACCUUGAAUUCUGUCCUCUCCUUUUUGGUUGGUAAAAAGGAAAUGUGCUUCACUGUUUAAACCCCUUGGUGUAUGUGUGAUCAGGGUACCACCCAUGCCAGGCCAGCUGAAAGGUGCCCACUUCCCCUUUUGAGUCCAGGUAGAUCUCCUUUUGUUUUGGCUCUCAAAUUACAUGUAAAACACAAUCACAUGGGUUUUUUUCUGUGUGUACUUAUUUGUAUUGCAGGAAUUUCUGUAGAAAUAUUGAAUGGGUUUAACUUCUCAGUGAAUAUGGAUUUAUAUUUCCAAAUUAUUCUUGUAAUGAAUCUGAACAUCGUCAUGUAACCUCUAACCAAGAAUAAAACCUGGCUUUUUAAGUGAAA